AAGAAAACAAUAACAGAGACUGUUAUUGGGACUGGCACCAUUAUGCCAGUGUAGCGGCUGCCUAUACAUUUGAAUGAGAAAUGAUCUGUCCUGGUAGAUUAUUGAGCAGUAAGGACCAGGACGUGGGUUGAACGAACACCGCUUUCUUUGCAAUUUAUUGAGCUAUUGUUUUCCUUGGAAAUAUGCCUCGGAGAAAGAGGACCACAGGAAGCAGUUCAGAUGGUACCGAAGAUUCGGACUUUUCCGCUGAUCUCGAGCACGCUGACAGUUCAGAGAGCGAAACACGCAGGAACACACGACUGACCCGUUCUUCGCUGCGUCUCCGCAAAAGUUCUCAAGAUCAUCACAGCCCGACAGAGAGCACACCUGCUGCUGCUCCUGCUCCUAUCAGCCGGGUGCCAGAGGAGGUGGGGCUGGUGGCGAGCUCCAUCCCACGCAGAGUAACCCGCAGCCAGAACCUGAGCCUGGAGGUGCUUGGGGGCCCAGACGGCCAGAAGACAGCGCACCUCCUGCGGCCCAUCAGGCGGCCGUCCUGCUCCGACUGCUGUGAGCAGCCAGCAGGGGAGCUCACCCAGUGCGGGUUGAAGCAGGUGAUCGAGCAGGUUGACACUCCACCUAGGACGCCCACUGGCAACGCCCCUUCCUCAGAGUCAGACGUCGACGUCUCCAGUGCCAGCGUGUCACAUGACGAGAGCCUAGCCAAGGAGCUGGCACUGAAGGAGGCGGCCAGUGACCUGCCACACCGACCCAAACGCCGCCGCUUCCACGAGAGCUACAACUUCAACAUGAAAUGCCCCACCCCUGGAUGUAAUUCCCUAGGUCAUUUAACUGGAAGACACGAAAGACACUUUUCAAUAUCUGGAUGCCCACUUUAUCACAACUUGUCUGCAGAUGAAUGCAAGGUGAAAAGCGGCACCCGUGACAAAUCAGUGGAGGAAAGGACUCUGUCUCACCGUCAGGACGAGAACCGCCACUCUACCCGUCUGCAGACACCAACAGAGCGCCAGAUGCAGUACAAGGAGAAGGUGACAGAGAUGAGGAGGAAGAGGAACUCUGGUCUGCUAAAGGAACACAAGGACAAGCAUGUGGACCAUCGGCACACCCAUGCUGGCAGUCGUGAGCCCGUGCUGGAGAAUAUCACUAGUGAUUACGACCUGGAGCUCUUUCGAAAAGCCCAGGCACGUGCCUCGGAUGAUCUUGAGAAGCUCCGGCUGCAAGACCAGGUGUCGGAGGGCAGCAACAUGAUCAAGACCAUGGUGUUUGGCCGCUACGAGCUGGACACCUGGUACCACUCGCCGUACCCCGAGGAGUACGCACGCCUGGGACGCCUCUACAUGUGCGAGUUCUGCCUCAAGUACAUGAAGAGCCAGACCAUUCUGCGGAGGCACAUGGCCAAGUGUGUGUGGAAGCACCCUCCAGGAGACGAGAUCUACAGAAAAGGCAGCAUCUCUGUCUUUGAGGUGGAUGGCAAGAAAAACAAGAUCUAUUGUCAAAACCUGUGCCUUCUGGCAAAGCUGUUUCUGGACCAUAAGACACUUUACUAUGACGUGGAGCCUUUUCUCUUCUAUGUAAUGACUGAAGCAGACAACACAGGGUGCCACCUCGUGGGAUACUUUUCCAAGGAGAAGAACUCAUUCCUGAACUACAACGUCUCCUGUAUCCUUACAAUGCCUCAGUACAUGAGACAGGGCUUCGGGAAAAUGCUCAUCGACUUCAGCUACCUGCUGUCCAAGGUGGAGGAGAAGGUGGGCUCCCCUGAGAGGCCUCUGUCUGAUCUGGGCCUCAUCAGCUACAGGAGCUACUGGAAGGAGGUGCUGCUACGAUACCUGCACAACUUCCAGGGCAAAGAGGUCUCCAUCAAAGAAAUCAGCCAGGAGACUGCAGUGAACCCAGUGGACAUUGUCAGUACCUUGCAGUCCCUUCAGAUGCUGAAAUACUGGAAGGGGAAACACCUGGUGCUUAAGAGACAGGACCUAAUUGACGACUGGGUUGCCAAAGAGUCCAAACGAGGGAAAAGCAAGACCAUUGAUCCAGGAGCCUUAAAAUGGAGCCCACCCAAGGGCUCCUAGGGUGGCAGUGGCAAGCCGUCUCACACACACACACACACACACACACACACACACACACACACACACACACACACACACACACACACACACACACACACACACACACACACACACACACACACACACACACAGCUAGGAUUAGAUCUUGCCCUUCAUUUUCAGUUGGUGAUCCUACAGUUUUCCGUGUAUAGAAGUGAUUGCAUUGUGCAAGUGAUGCCAUUUACUUGCACAUCUAAACCCUAUCUUUCCUACUGUAUCUUUUGUUGGACCAAGCUUCCCUCACUGUUAUGCUUGAUUUAAACAGUAAUGUUGUAGGGCAGUGAUUCCCAACCUGUUCCCAACCUGUCGGCCCAAGGUGGAAAAGGUUGGGCACCCUUGUGGUAGGGAAUCUUUUUUUUUUUUUUCGUGGUAGGGAAUCUUGUGGCACAUAUGGCAUUAAUAGCUCUCACUGUUCACUGGAGAGAGAUGCAAUUGGACCCAAUCAAGCUAGUAGGUCCUUUCCAUGUUUUCUUUCAGCCUAAAUUGGAUGGCCCUGACAGGGUGGAUGCUGAAGUCUUUGGAAGGCCUUUCAUAAGCUGGUCUGUCACAUGUUUCAUUCCUCUAUUAUAUCUAAGAACGUGCACUUUUUGUCAUUAUCAAUUGGUGAUGGCAUCCAGGCCCCAAAGAAAGGUAUUUCCACUACAAUUUAGAUAUCAGCUGACUUAUUUUGCACUUUAUGUGACUUACGUGGCUACUUUGUGUAAAGAUAGAGUAUGUAAGAUUGUGGCCAGAGUAGGCAUUGCAUAUGUCCAUUGCAAUUGCAACCAAGGUUCCUAUUCCGAAAUUGGAUAUUUUCAUGAAUAUAAUAUGCUAAUAAUAUUUACUGGUCUGGCCAAAGUUUUGCAGCUUAAGUUGUCUAUUACUGGAAUUUCAAAAUCAAAAUUCCAAAGAAGAUCCACAAAGAAUGGUGGUGGAAAAUAGUCAUGAAACAAGAUAACAUUUUUGAAUGGGCAGCAUAAAUUCUGGAAGUAAACUACAAAGUACAAUCUCUACCUUUAAUAAAGCCCCGUAUGCCUAUUUGAAGACAUAGCUGGACAUGGUCUGUGUGCACUGAAGGACCACUGUUAUCAGCCUUUUGACUUAUUUAGCACUUUAUGCGACCAAUUGACUCACACUUUAUGCUGUCAAUCCCUAUUAUACCCACUGUAAAACAGUGUUUGAGGACUGUAAUCCCAAGAUAUAUGCCUCUUUAAAGAGAUACUGUAGUUGGACAUUGGUGUGCACUAAAUGACCACUGAUGACUUUUUAAAUUAAUAUUUUUACAUGAAAAUUGACAUUUUGACAUUUGACUUGCAUACAAUAUGUAGUUUUCUUUGUUUAUGUGUACUCCCAGGAAUUUAAUUUUUAAUCCACUGUGUGUUUUAUUCGUUCUUUGUCAAUAUUCCAUCAAAUUUAUGUUUUAUUUAUUUUAUCAAGCACUCUAUGGAGAAUAUACUGUCGCAAAGGGAGUUUGUAUUAUGCGGUUUUGAUUGUCUAGUCUUAGCUCACUCUUUAGGGCAAUAGUAAUAGACAGUGUAUCUGUAUACUGUAUUGUAUACAGUAUAAGCUACUGUAGGUCUAUUGCUGUUACAAGUUGUCCUGAUAUAAUGAUUGAUGCAUUUUAGAGUGAUAUAGAUUAUAAUUUAAACUUUAUUUAAAGUAAAGCCUAUCAUAGUCAUAGACUGUUAUCUAAGAAGUUUGACGUUUUUUUCCCACUUUGCUGCACAACGAUUAGCAAACUUGGCAACCCAUAUGAUUCAGUUGUUAUAGAAAGGUGUUGUCUGUGUCACUGUACCAGCAGCUGAAUAUAUCAGUUCUAAUCGUUGGCAAUUACAGUAUAUGCAUUCCACUUUGUAACUGUUGAGCCAUGCAGAAAUAUAUUUUUGAUCAGACUCCAAAAGUUACAUACAUCACAGGGGGUGCAGAUUGAAAAUGUAGGUCAGCUGAAAUGCCCUACAUUGAUUCAUAUGUGCUAAAGUAACAACUUCACAGCAUGUGUUUUGACUGGUCUUUUGGUCUUUUCCAUCUGAACAGAUAGGACUGAAAGGUCCGGUGUGUAAAAUGUUUUAGUAGUUUGUUUCUGGUACCACCCAUCCUACCUGUGAUGGCUAAUGAGUAAUGACAAUCUGGUCAGUCUUAAUGAGAGUUCAAAAGGUCGCGACAGACAGGCUAGCAUAUUUCCAUAAUUUAUGGGGCCGGUUCACAAAUGUCAUCUUUUACAUGACUAUUUGCCACCACCAUCAGUUCCAAAGUCAUUCAUUGUGGUUUUUGUGUGACAUUUUUGACAUCAUAGACAUCUUUGGCUGCAAAACCUCAUCAGACCAUCAGACCUCACCAGACCAAUAAAAUAUUAAUUUAUUUAAUUUGUAGCCUUGAUAUUCAUGAAAAAGACCAAAUUUGUGAAUGAUCACUCAUUGUAUUUUUUGGAAAUUAAAAUGUUAAAAUCCCACACUGGAUGUUCAAGGCUUUCAUGUCAUGUCUGUGGCAGCGGUACAAAGCAAAGGACCUGUUAUGUCGUUCACACUUAUGUUUCACUACAGAACUCAAGCUGUUGUCCCUAGUCAUGAGAAAUUGGAGACAGAGUGCAUUUGCCCCCUAUGUGGUGGUUGUGUUAGUGAUCAGUUUUCUUGCCUACUCAGAAACUAUAUCUGAUUUAUAUUUGUGCUCCGCACACACCUGCUUUUGCCUCUUACCCCAAUAAAACAUUUCAGCUCAAACAAU